AUAACUAGGUCAAUUUGCGUUGAUCAACCGUUAGGGGAGCAGACGUCGCAAUCUUUUUGCUAAGUUUCAACAUGUGUACGGUUUUCGUUCGUACUUUAGCACUUUCUCUAAUCGGGCAAUAUUUAGUAAAUUUCUUGCGUAUAGCAACGUGUCAAUUUGGGUUGUAAUAAAGCUUCUCGAAAAAGAUCUUGCAAAAGUUUUCCAUUACUUGAGAACCAUGCCAAAAAAGAGCAGUAAUUCCAAGAGAGGCAGCUCCGCACACGCAAGUGCAGGACCAACUUCAUCGAAAUCUGCAAAUCAUCAAGGUAAACGCAAAGUUAUUUGGAUCGUAUUUCGUUUUGUUGAUGUGUCUAAUUUUCCUUGCAUAGUGAAAUCAUCUGGAAGAGGUAAAGGUGAGCCACUGAUUGUCUCUGAUGAGGAUUCGCAGCCUGACACAGUCAGUGUUGUAAGCUCAGUAUCCGAUAAUCGGAGUGUUUUGGAGGAGGGUGGGGAAACUGAUGAAAGAACGCAAGUGGAAAUCCUUGAAGACAAAUUGAAGGAGUUUAUUGAUUUAACUACACAAAAGUCUUCACAGGGUCGUGUAAAUUCCUUUAAUGCUCUUUGCCAAGCAUUUAGUGCCAAAUACAUGCCUGAUUUUGUGGCUGGUCGGCGCAUGACUCUUUUGGAUUGUGCGGAGAGGGGUAUGAAAAAAGGAAAAGGAGCAGAGCAGGAAUCAGCUGCCAAACUUAUGGCACUUCUAUGUCUUCAACUGGGUUCAGUUGCUGAUAGUGAGUCAAUCUACAGGGACCACAAAACUUACCUCCUCUCUCUCAUGGCUGAUAAAAGUGCCAGCCCUGCUGCCCGCGCUCAGGUCUGUUCUACGUUUGGCCUUUGUGCAUUCCUGGCGGAUUGCGACCUAUCUGAAAUAGUUCAAGUAAUGAUAUCCCUCGAGGGCAUUUUUAGCGCCAGUCUUCGGGCUCCCGAAAAUACGGUUACUUCACCCGAUGUACUUCGUCUUCAUUCAGCCGCACUCAGCGCUUGGUCUCUAUUACUAACUCUAUUGCCUCCGCGGCAUAUUUACGAUCUGAGUCAAACUCAUAUUCGACGUCUAGUUCAGCUGCUCGAUUCAACCGACGUUGAUUUGCGUAUUGGGGCCGGAGAAGCUAUCGCCCUCAUCUACGAGGGAGCUCGAGUAUUUGAUGAAGAUUUUGGCUUUGACAUAUCUACAGAAGAAGAAACAGAUGACCUUGAUGGCAUCCAGCAAACGGAUUCAACUUCACGCCAUACAUCUGAAAUGGAUGAGUUGUGUACUAAGCUAAGACAGUUGGCAACAGAUUCACAUAAAUAUCGAGCAAAAAAAGAUAGAAAGCAACAGCGCUCGAGUUUCAGAGAUAUUUUGCAUGCUAUUGAGGAAAAUGAGGCACCUGAUGUCCGCAUCAAGUUUGGCAAGGAAACACUUGAUAUAGACUCAUGGGGAUGCAAACACCAAUAUGAUAGCUUCUGCCAGUUACUGGGGUCAGGAAUGAAUUUACAUUUGGCGCAAAAUGAUUUACUGCGGGAAAUCUUCAAUUUAGGAAAUCCACUGUUGGACAACGCCUCCAACGUCGUCAAGAUAAAGAAAUUGGAACGCCAUCAUAUGAAUAUGGCAGCAUUCAAAGCCCGUUCGCUUACCCGAGGGAAAAAUCGGGACAAACGAACAGCCGUUUUUUAGAACCUAAAUCGGUUACCGUCGUGGUUGUUGGGAGUAUCAAACCGGUUUUGCCUGAGAUAUAUGCCGUUUUUGUUCAUUCUCA